AUGGCGCGAUCACUUCUCCAUGCCGUUGCUCUGACCUCGGCUCUUGCUCUCUUCACGACACCAGUAUCGGCUCAGUCAGGAUCCUCAACCGCUACUUCCACGAAUGCCCCUAAAGCGAUCACAACACUAGGCUGCUACGACCAACCAGACCCCUUGACCUCGCAGGGAGACUACACUUUCCAAACUUCAGGAUACUGCCAAGGAGUAUGCGUGCAGUUGAACAAACCUGUCAUGGCUAUAACUGGAGGAUCAACUUGUUAUUGCGGUGACGAACUACCAGCUUUGGACACUGAAGUAAACCCAGACAGUUGCAACACGCCAUGCAAUGGCUUCGAUCAACAGACUUGUGGUGGCAUCGGCUUCUGGCAAGUAUAUCUUACUGGGUUGAAUGGAGACGUUCAAACUGCCCCGAACAGUACGAGCAGUUCGAGCAGCUCCUCUCCUACACAGUCUAACGGCUCGAGCACAACCCAACCUGCAGUCAUUACCAAACCUGGCGAGACAGUGGUGGUGACUGCUUCCGCUUCCCCUUCUGAAAAAUCAUCCGGCGGGACCAGCAAGGUUGGCAUUGCUGUCGGGGUUGUCGUUGGAGUGGUCGGCCUCUCUGGCAUCAUUGGAGGCGUCCUCUUGUUCUUGAGACACAAGAGGAAUCGUGAGAUUGAAGAAGAACACCGUCGUAACGCGGCAGUGAAUUCAUUUGUCGGAUCCGCAAAAUCAGACAAGUCAUCAACAGACCAGCGGCUUGAUCCCUCAAUCUACUCACACCGCCGACAGAGCAUUGGCAGCAUCGCAGAUGAGCGAGACUUCUCCAGGAGGAUAUUGCAGGUAUGUUGA